ACUUGGCUCUCCUCUUAGUGUGCUCCACUUCUCUGCCACACCUCUCUCUGUGUCUGCUCCCUCUUUCCUCCCUACUGCUCGGAAGAAACUAGACCAGCCAUGUCGACCCAAACAUACUCGAAAACUGUCAGGACCAGCUUUGCUACCGGCGGUGGCGGUGGCGGCGGCAGCCGCAGUGGAUCAUAUUCCUCAAGAUCUGCCAUCAUCCCAUCCAGAGGAUCAUUUGCCAUGUCCUCAGCCAGCAUGGCUGGUGGCUCGAGGCUGAGGGCAAGCAUGGGUGCUGGCGGCGGCUAUGGGGGUGGCGCUGGCUAUGGUGGAGGUUUUGGUGGCGGUGCUGGUUUCGGUGGUGGUGCUGGUUAUGGUGGUGGAGCCGGUGCUGGUUUUGGUGGUGGCGGUGCUGGCUAUGGUGGUGGUGCCGGCUCUGGUUUUGGUUUUGGUGCUGGUGGUUUCGGAGCAGGUGGAGCAGGAGGAAUCCCUCCAACAAUCACAAAUGUCCAAGUCAACCAAAGCCUACUGGCCCCUCUGCACAUCGACAUCGACCCCAACAUCCAGACUGUCCGCACUCAGGAAAAAGAGCAGAUCAAGACCCUCAACAACCGCUUCGCCAGCUUCAUUGACAAGGUCCGCUUCCUGGAGCAGCAGAACAAAAUGCUCGAGACCAAAUGGAGCCUGCUGCAGGAACAGACCACCACACGCUCCAACAUCGACGCCAUGUUCGAGGCCUACAUCGCCAACCUGCGCAGACAGCUGGACGGGCUCGGCAACGAGAAGGUCAAGCUGGAGGGAGAGCUGAAGAACAUGCAAGGCCUGGUGGAGGACUUCAAGAACAAAUAUGAAGAUGAAAUCAACAAGCGUGCAGCUGUGGAGAAUGAAUUUGUGCUCCUCAAGAAGGAUGUAGAUGGUGCCUACAUGAACAAAGUUGAGCUGGAGGCAAAGGUUGAUGCCCUUCAGGAUGAGAUUAACUUCCUCAGAGCUGUCUUCGAUGCUGAACUGCGCGAGCUCCAGGGACAGAUCAAGGACACCUCAGUCAUUGUGGAGAUGGACAACAGCCGCAACCUGGACAUGGACGCCAUUGUGGCUGAAGUCAGGGCACAGUACGAGGAGAUAGCCAACAACAGCAGAGCCGAGGCUGAGAAGUGGUACCAGCAGAAGUUCCAGGAGAUGCAGACCUCAGCAUCACAGGCCGGAGACGACCUUCGCAACACCAAGAGCGAGAUUGCUGAGCUCAACCGCAUGAUCAGCCGCCUCCAGAACGAGAUCGAGGCAGUCAAAGCGCAGCGUGCCAACCUCGAGGCCCAGAUCGCCGAGGCUGAGGAGCGCGGGGAGCUGGCCGUGAAGGACGCCAAGGCCCGCAUCAAGGACCUGGAAGAGGCCCUUCAGAGAGCCAAGCAGGACAUGGCCCGCCAGGUCCGCGAGUACCAGGAGCUCAUGAACGUCAAGUUGGCCCUGGACAUUGAGAUCGCCACCUACA